AUGAUAGUGGAGAUUCAGACCGACGAGAGUCAGACCGACGAGAGCCUGAUGGACAGCAGGGCUCAGGAGAGGCUAGUGGACAACAAGGUCCAGAAGAAGCUACUGGACAGCAAGGCCCAAGGCAGGGUAAUGCACAAGAUGUCACAGACCAGGGUGGCAGAGAUGAAGAACCAAGGCGUAGACUGCGAAGGCUAUAGCAAGGCACCGUCAACGUCGUUUCACCACGUCAACAACUCGGAUUGGGAUGACACUAUCAACAGACUCGACGGCAUCCCCAGCAACCAAGACCCCAGAUACCGGGAUCGCCUCAACCGUGUGCAACCGGAGAACCUGACCGAGACGUCGCCGGAGACGCUGGCGGAGCGAGCCAAGGAGGCGUGGAAGCGUCUCAGCGACGAGAUGGACAGCUUCUACCGCGCGUCAACGCCCCUGUUGCUGUCUGAUAAAAGGCGUUCCGCGGCGCAGCAGACUACCGCGGCGCAGCAGACUACCGCGACGCAGCAGGGUCCCGUGACGCAACAGGGUCCCGCGGCACAGCAGACCGCCGCAGCACAGGAGGGUACCGCGGCACAGCAGACUGCCGCAGCGCAGGAGGGUCCCGAGGUGCAGCAAGGGUCCCUCUUCACAGCAGGGUCCCUCUUCACAGCAGGGUCCCUCUUCACAGCAGGGUCCCUCUUCACAGCAGGGUUCCUCUUCACAGCAGGGUUCCUCUUCACGGCAGGGUUCGUCGUCGCAGCAGGGUUCUACGACGCGUCCGAGUUCGUCGUCGCAGCAGGGUUCUAUGGCACGUCCGAGUUCCUCUACGAAUCCGAGUUCUACGACGUAGUAGACCCCCCACUUUCAAGUAGUUACACCUGCUAUGAGAGCGAGAGAGGACCUUAA